AUGCAAACACGUCCAACAUUAGAUACAAGUUCAAAUAAUUUAUUUACAAAUAUUGAACGGUUAGGUACACGUGAUUUAUUAUCCUAUGGACAACUUUCAAAUGAUACUAUAUUAACAUCAAUCCAAAGCAAUAAUACAUUACCAUUAUCAGUUAAUGUUCAAUUAUAUAUCUAUCUGAUUUGUUUUAUAUUACUUGAACAAAGAACUAAAGAAUAUAAUGAAUUAUAUAUAAAUUUAAUUGAACGUAAUUAUAAAUUAAUAACUAAAACUCAUGCAUAUACAUUAUGUUUAUUUUUACUUGAAAGUCAUGAAGUUGAUUUAAAUUCAUACGAUAUUGGAUUAUCAUUGAUUAAAGAUGAUAAUUUAACACAAAAACUUAUAUCAAUUAGUCUUGAAAAACUUUUAAUAGUUGGUCAAUAUCCCAAAAAUGAUAUAUAG